AUCACUGGACUGGUUAGACUGUUGUGAAUGUACCCAGGACAUUUAAACUGUUUCUGUAGUCGUCGGUGUGUUCUGGUCUUCAAGGCAGACAACGGAGUGACUGGAAAACUGCAGCAGUAUUUUGAAAAGAGGAGAAAUCUAUUAUUCGCCUUUUUUUUUUUUCUUUGUGUGCAUUUUGUAACGUAGUGCUGUAGUCUUUUGUGUUUUUGUUAGUGACGGACGCCAUUUUAGGUCGAUCACACUAGCCACAUUGUUUCAGGCCUUGCUUCCAGAUACAUCGCUUGGUGUUUUUGUUGUGAUUUGGACUACAUUGAACAAACAUUUCGGAAGGAACUUUACGGACGCUGGCGCGACAGAUUUGACGGGACUCGACACAUUCACUCAUAUGGACAUUGAUUGAUUGAACUCUUUAUUUCUUGAUCAGAUUUGGACCUUACGAACUGCUAACGGCUAAGCGCCAUUUAGGCCUGGGACAUUGUGAAACAGAGGGAGAAUUUCUCGCUUCUGCCGGGAAAUGCCGUGGACAAUAAGUCGCUUUCGUCAUUAAGAAUACGUAUUGCAUUUUAUCACAAUCUCUUUGAACAAUUGAUAUUUUCAAUUCGCAGCUAUUCACUUUUCCGUGAAGCGCAACCCCUGAAGGGCUCCAUUUAGUGGUGCCUCUGCAUUAAAAAUGGUUAAGCUGAUGAGCAAACAUGGCUGUUAUUCUUAAAUUGUUAAGCUGAUAAACUUACAUUUUGAGUAAGGGUGAUCGCUGGGCUUUGCCCAUUGUAGUUGACUUUGUUUGUUUGUGGUGGUGUUUGACCACAAGGAUUGUGUAAACAUGUCUUGUGUCCAUUACAAGUUUUCUUCUAAACUGAACUACGACACUGUCACCUUCGAUGGCCUUCACAUCACGCUCAGUGAUUUGAAACGUCAAAUCAUGGGGCGAGAGAAGCUGAAGGCCGCGGACUGCGACCUGCAAAUCACCAACGCGCAAACCAACGAGGAAUACACUGAUGAUGGAGCCCUCAUCCCCAAAAACUCGUCUGUCAUCAUCAGACGAAUCCCUAUUGGGGGGGUCAAGUCCACAAGCAAAACAUUUGUCAUUGAUCGAUCUGAACCAUCAAGUGGAUCUUCAAAAGCAAUUGAUGAUUCUUCCAUUUCACUGGCCCUGCUUUCAAAGACAGCCAAUCUUGCUGAAACAAAUGCAUCAGAGGAAGACAAAAUAAAAGCAAUGAUGUCUCAGUCCAACCAUGACUAUGAUCCGAUUCACUAUGCAAAGAAGCUUGUUGGUCCACCCCCACCAAACUACACGUGUUUUCGUUGUGGAAAAACUGGACAUUACAUCCGAAACUGUCCAACAAAUGGGCAGGAUCGAAGUUUUGAAGCUCCUCAACGGAUAAAGAAAAGCACAGGAAUUCCUCGGAGUUUCAUGGUGGAGGUAGAUGAUCCAAACAGAAAGGGAGUCAUGCUGACCAACAGUGGCGCAUAUGCCAUUCCCACUAUUGAUGCUGAGGCUUAUGCUAUUGGGAAGAAAGAGAAGCCACCUUUCUUGCCGCAGAAUCAGUCUUCAUCCUCAGAGGAAGAAGAUCCUGUGCCUGAUGAGCUGCUGUGUCUGAUCUGCAAGGAUCUUAUGACUGAUGCUGUGGUUAUCCCCUGCUGUGGAAAUAGCUACUGUGAUGAGUGUAUUCGUACAUGUUUGCUGGAGUCUGAAGAACACGUUUGCCCCACCUGCAAACAGUCGGAUGUAUCUCCCGAUGCUUUGAUAGCAAACAAGUUUUUGCGCCAAGCAGUGAAUAAUUUUAGGAAUGAAACUGGAUACACCAAGAGGAUUCGCAAAGCUACUGCUGCUCAAGUUACUGUACAAGGAGCCCAAGCGCAGGCUCCUGUGCAGCGGCCUCCUCUGAGGCUGGCUACUUCGCGCCAACAGGACCCUCUAAUGGCCAAUGUUCCGAGCUCAACAGCUGCUAGCACUCCUCCCCAAAGCACGCUGGCUGCUGCCUCGUCUCCUGCUAGUACUCACCAGCCUUCCAGCACCCCACCUUCUACCAGCAGCUGUAACGUGCAAAGUAGUAGCACACCUGCAGUGAACUCUCCUCAGCGCUCUACAAAGCAGGAUGACCUGCCAUUGUCCAAGGAGGAACCUGCAUCUGAGGUCCCCGCACCUUCUGUUGUGCCUUCAUCAGAGACCUUUGUGCCAACGACUUCUGCUGGUCCAAAGGGGUUCCAUGUCUCUGUAAUUGGACAGCCUAAUAUGCCUCCACAUCUCAUGCAAAGACAAGGACCGCCAAGGGCUAGUGGACCACGGUCAACUGGGAGCCGCCCUCCAUGGGAUCCGUCCUCAAGUAGAGGGAGACCUCCUAGUGAGCGACCACCAAGGACACAGCAACCUCCACCAGUGCAAAACCUUCCCCCUGUAGUCCCCCCAGUGUUCGUGCCUCCUCUCUUUCCACCUCCACCACACCCAAUGCCUCAGCCACCAGGUGUUGUUCCUCAGCAAUAUCCCAUGCAGUAUCCUCCAGGACCACAGCCUCCACCUCCCUACAACAUUCCACCGCCUGUCUUUCCACCAGUCCCACCUAAUGUGCAGGCUCCGUGGGUAGCUCCUGGCACCCAGCCACCUGUAGCCAACCCUAUCUCCAAUAUGCCAACAGCAUCUUUUCUGUCCAAGGAGGAAUUUUACAGGCAGCAGCGCAGACUGAAGGAAGAUUCCCAGUGUCGAUUCGUUACCAGGGAGAAGUCUAAACUUGAGGAGUUUACUAAUGACUUUGCCAAAGAGCUUUUAGAGUACAGAAAGAUGCAGAAGGACAGAAGGCGAUCAUACUCUAGAUCUAAAUCUCCAUACAGAGGCUCCUCCUACAGUGGCUCAUCAUAUUCCUAUUCCAAAUCUCGCUCACGGUCCAGAUCACCACGCUCCUACUCUCGGUCAUUAUCCCGAUCUAGAUCCCGUUCACGCUCUCGUUCUCGAUCAAGAUCCUACUCUCGCUCACCAUACUCCCGCAGAGGCCGAGGUCGCAGCCGUAGCUAUCGUUCCAGGUCACGCAGUCCAGCAUUCCAUCGCUCCCGCAGCAGAUCGCCAUCAUAUAGGGGCCGGGAUGUGAGUGGGAUGGGCAGUGGAGUCUAUCGUUCCCGUUCCAGAUCGCCAGUGUAUAGGAAUCACAGUCCCAGCAAGAAACUCCCACCACCUUCUAAAAUGGAGGGUGAACGAAAAUACACUGGCAGGUACAGAGAGCUGCCACCUUAUGAUGCUAAGGCUUAUUAUGGCCGCAACGUAGACCAGAGUGACCCCUACGAGAGAGAACAGUACCGAGAGUGGGAAAGAGAGUACAGGGAAUGGUAUGACAAUUACCUCAAGAGCUACAGCAACCCACCCGGUGGUCACCCACGGAGCCGUGGUCCAAACAGCAGAGAUCACUAUACCCCUGAGCGUUUUGCCCCUCCUCGACCAAGAGACAACUCCCCCUACAGUAGGGGACAUCGGGAUGAUUACCCACCACCUUCUCAAAGUCACGGUGUUCCUCCGAGAGGCCGCGUUUCCAUGACAUAUCAAGAGAAGUGUGCUGAGAAGUAUGGCCACCUCCACAUCAACACUGGUGCUGGUAAAGGAAUUAAAGACUCUUUGAAACCUCUUAAAGACAGAGAACAUAGUGGCAGCACUGCUACAGACACAAAGACUAUGAAACAUAAGAAACAUCGCAAAAAGAAGAGGGAUGAUGGUGAACCCUUCAGCCACUCUGACUCUAUGGAUGAUUCCAGGAAAGAAGACUGCAAAGGAGACCCCAUGAUGAUGAAUUCAAGCCGUGAUGAUGCCACACCUGUCAGGGAUGAACCCAUGGACAGUGCUGCUGUGCCCUACAAAAGCGUCCCUGAAAAGGAGAAGAAAGAGAAGACUAAAAGCAAGACUGACAAAGUUAAACGAAAGUCUGAAAGCAGUGGACAGAAGGAAAUUUCAGGGAAGGUGACAAAGCCUGCCAAAGAGGAGGUGGCAGAUGCACUGCGUGAAAAGGUGGCUCCAAUUGAACCAGCUAUUAAGAGAGUCCAAGAAGAACCAUCACACAAACCUGAAGCGACCAGACCUCAGUUCAUUGAGUCUAAACUCAUGCUCCCUCGCAAGCUGAUGCAGUCUAGACCCAUCAAACACCAUCAAGAGCUGAAGUCAGUCAAAGAUGAGCUUAAAGGCAAGAAAGAAUUGGUGAAAGACCUAGCAAAGCUAGACAAAGUUCCUUCCAAAGAUGGAAAGGUCAAGAAAGAGCUAGAGAAGCCUGUGAAAACUGAGAAAAUUCCCACCAAGGCAGUUGACACCAAACAUGAUAAAAAGAAACGGAAAGAUGACAAGCCAUCUGUGAAAGACCUGGACAUCCCCCCAGUCAAAGUAGCCAAAAUGGAAGUUACUGGCAAGGUUAGAGGCUCUCCAAAACCUAAACCCAGGCUGGAGAGUGAAAUUGCAGUUGAGGAGAAAGUGGUUAUUCCAUCCCUGAUGGAUAUCAAGCCGGAACCUUUAAGAAAGAUUAAAAUUAACAGAGAAAUCGGCAAGAGGAUAAUUGGGAUUGAGCGCCCUAUUUCAGCUGAAGAUUCAGCUCAUGCCACGGGAAAGGGCAGGUUGGAUAAGUCAAGGGGAAAAUUGAGGAGGAAGGUGCAUACUCCAGAUGGGUCGGGGUCCAUGCUGGUCGAUUACAACAGCACCAGCUCCACAGGUGGAAGCCCCAUCAAAAAGCAUGAAGAGAAGCUAGACCUAAAGAAGACUGUGGUGAAGACCCUGGAGGAAUACACCAAUGACAGCUCCACCCCUGCUGAAGAUGAAAUUGUUAUGAUCCAAGUGCCCCGCUCCAAGUGGGAAAAAGAGGACUAUGAAUCUGAGGAUGAUGAUUCUAAGGGAACCACUGGGACUCGCAUUGUCAGCAUGUCCAGCUCUGCUCCUGUGAGUGAGAACACUGCUCCAAAAUCAACAAACAAGGAGUCUCCCCGUGCUGACAAUGCCCCCUCUGCCUCCAAAGAUUCUCAGGCAGAUGUAAAACUUGCCAAGGACUCCACACCAGGUGAUAAGGAGAAAGAUAUUGACAAGGAGAAAGACAAAGAGAGAGAUCGAGACAGAGGAAAAGAAAGAGACCGCAGCACUACAGAUUGUGAGGUAACGGAUAAAAGGAAACCUAGUGUACCAAAUCAGGAAAGAGAAAGAGGUAGUGACCAUGGCAGUGAGCGGAGCUCCUCAUCCCAUUCCUCCAGGGACAGACUAGCUGACAGGUCUGAACCAAACUCUAGAAAGCCAGCUGGUAGGGAUACAACGACGAGCCUCAUCAACAGGAAACCAGACCACAGAGAUGAUGCAAGAGACCAUCUAAGUAGUAGAUCGAGAGAUGAAAGAGGUCCUAUCAGGAGGAAUGCAUCACUAUCCCCACCCUCAAGGGUAAAGGACUUGCACACAGACUCUGUGAGAAAAUGCCUGGAAGUUUCUCAGGAGUCUCAAAGCCCAAUUAGGGAUAAGAGAACAUCAUCCCAAAACACCUUAGAGCCCAAAAGAACAGGUCCAGAGGACCACAAGUCAUUGUGUAAGGAGAGCCAGAGUUCUAGGCAUUCUGAUUUGCGUCCCACAAAGGACAGGGAGCACAGGACUCAUACAGCUGCAAAUCUAGAGCCUAGGGCUGAUACAGAGAAAGGUGGCACACACGGUGACCACAUCAAAAUCCCAGCUGCGCGCUCCACACGACUGUCCUCGGAUUUAGCACGGGAAACUGAUGAGGCCGCGUUUGUCCCAGACUACAGCGAAAGUGAGAGUGAGACCUCUGACUUUGAGAGCAAAGUGGAGCAGAGAGGGCGAGAGAGGGACAGCAGUGGCAGCCAGAGUCCAAGCCCCUCUGGAAGCCACGGACAUAGUAGCAGCCCUAGCUCCCCGGGCAGUCAGGACAGCAAAAAGAAGAAAAAGGACAAAAAGGAAAAGAAAGAGAGGAAGAAACACAAGAAGCACAAAAAACACAAAAAGCAUAAGAAACACACAAGUAAUGAAUCUGAAGCAGAGCUCAAAGGACAAAAACACAAACAUAAAAAAAAGAAGUCCAAAAAGAGCAAGGACAAAGAUAAAGAUGACAAGGAGAAAGAUGAGAAUGGGAAAGAGGAACAUGGGACAAAAGUAUCUGUUUAAUUCAUUACAGGUUGACCCUUUAACUUAAUUUACUCAUCUUAAAGAAUUGAAAAAUAAAAAAUAUUGUAUUGCAGAAAGAAGGUUGUCUGUUUUAAGCAUUGUUCAGCUUUCAUUCUGUACUAUUUUUUUUCGCCCAUUGGUUAGUCAUACUUUUUUGUUAGUUUGACCAUGCUAACCUCUGCCACCAAUGUAAGAGAAUAGUUACAUAAAUGAUUGAAGUGUAGUUGUUUUGGGUUCUGAACUUUCAUUAAUAUUUUGGAUCAGAUUUAAAAUCCUUGCAAAAUCUUCUAUUACAGUACAUAGUUUUGUAUUAAGGCCAUUGUGGAGGAAGCACUUUAAAAAUGUGAAUGUGAUUGCCCUUUUGUACCUCAUCUCUUAUAUCUGGUGAUGGAGAGAAAAAUAUCAUUAUGACAGUAUAAUAAUAUUGUUAAUAAAGGCAACUGGAUAUUUGUGGCCAGACAUUGGGGCUUACAUAUUGAUUGCAAAUUGUAUGUUUUUGCACUGUGAAUAUUUCCUCUACAUUAUUCUGCUCCACCUUCACAUGAGUAAUUUAAAUUAUCUUAUAAAAUGGAAAUAUGUUUUGAGGGUAAUAAACUUUUUUUUCUCAGAAAAUAUAAA